GUUCUGCUUGCAAAUAUGAUUGUUGGAGGCGUUAGUUAUGUUUCAAAUUUGGUAACGAGCGGUCACGAGUGGGAAAACGGCGUGCGCGCGCGUACUUUUUUUUCUCGGGUUGUCGGUUUAUGGCGGGAUUUUGAUUCGGUUCAUGUGUUUUACGCGACGGGAUCUCGUCCUUGGGAAAGGAUCAAACGUGGUUUGAAUUCGAUGUUUACGCAAGAAACGUGUCGAAGUGUGUGAUAAGAGUGAAAAUAGCACGGCGCGAAUUUGACGAAUGGCACGAGUUUGAAUUACUAGGACGUGCGUGCUAGAAGAGAGAGAUUGUCAGAAGAAGUUGAUUGAGUGAUUGUUUGACACGAAUGCUGUCUGGCAGAAACAGAAGUUCGUCGCCGGGGUCAAAUUACGCAGGCCCAGAAUUUGGCACAUUUUUCGGAGAAGAGAUCGACUAGACGAAAGCAGUGAGAGAUUUGAUUUGCUCUGGAAACAUAAAAAUUGUGAAUGAUAGUGAGGAGCAUACCAUGUGCCGUUUGUACUAAUUGGCGUAAAAUGUGAUUGUGAAUAAUAGUUCAUUGGACAUGUAUGGUUUUGCACAGUGAUGUCAGAAGAAAAGUUUUGAGAUACAGUUUUUGUUUCUAUCGAAGUCGUUAAAAAUUUACAUCGCAGGUGACCCACCAAAAAACCUGGGACUGGACGCAGAUGGAUGGUCAUCCGCUGUAUGCGGGGUAGUAAUUGCCUCCCCCCACUAUAGGCGUGAAUAUGAAAAUGUGAUAAUUGUUGCGGUGUAGCAUAAAAAAUCCCAAAUGUGUCUAGGGACUCCGGUUUAAAACAAUAAAAAAAUAUUAAAUCCGUAAUCGUCCGGAACCGGUCAGCUUGCAUAACAAGUUUUUCGGAGGAAAAUCAGUGAACAAGUGAGGGUGGAACUGAAGAGCGCAGUAGCAAAUCUGUUGGCGGUGAGAUAUUUGUUUAUCGAGUGGGUGAUAUUUCACGCGAAAGCUGUUCGAAUUUGUGAGUUUGGGAUUUCCUGUGGAUUGCUCCGGUGGCAGAAGGUGAAAAGUGUGGUGACAGGGAUAACAAAUUGCAGCGGCCUCUGCCCGCCGCCAUCGGUGAAGCAUCAUUGACCCGUGUGGAUAGCCGGGAAUUUUAAUUAAACGCCAAAAUGAAGACAUCAAGGUUCAUUUGCUGCUGUGCGAUAGUCGUCAUCGUUUCCACCGCGGUUGGCUCCACAUUUGCAGACCAGAGUACCAAGGAACGGAUCAGGAUACACAAAGAGUGGCUAGCGCGGCGUGCUGCCAGUCGCGUCAACACCAAUUCCACUCAGCGUACGACAUACCUGCGAAAGUUAAUCAAAUUCAAGAACGAGCAUGAGCCCCUAUCCGAGAAUGACAUUUCCUUUGUGCCACAUUUCGCUCACAACAAUAGGGACAAUGAGUAUCAUCAGGAAGGUGGUGGUGGUAGUGGUGGCACAGAGGGCACCAGGGGUGAUACCGUUGAGUCCCGCGGCGAACUUCAGCAGGACUCUGACAAUGAGUACGGUUUGAGGCCGGUCGGAAGUGUUGCCAAUCCGGAUGACAUGAGCGAACAACAGAGCCAGGCUGAUCGGUAUCGUUACAACGUAGCAAGUGAGAUGACACUCUAUUAUGUAUAAAUACGUUAGCCAUACGGACGUUUGCCAUUUAGACGAUUGUCGUGA